AUGGAUUCUAAUAAUAUUCAAGAGGGUAGUGUAUCACCAGAUAAUGAAACAAUAAAUGUUUCACAUGACGACCAUGUUGUGAUUAAUUUACAUGAAUCACAAUCUGAAACUUCUCGAAAUGAAUUAUCAUUAGCUGAGGGUAUCCAUGAUUAUGAUGAAGAAAAUGGUGAGUUUACACAUAAUGCCAAUUCAUUUUCAAAUAUUUCAUCCAAAACAUCAAGUGAAACUAAACUUAAUCAAGAAAUGUGGCUUAGCAAUUAUUUAAAUUAUAUACAAAAAGAUCAAGUAACAGAAAGAACAAUUAGACUUAAUAUUAAUAAUAUAUCUUAUUUCUCUAAAAAAGUAUUUACUCCAUUUGCUAAAAUAUGUAAUAUUCCUUGGAGAUUAACUGCAAAAACAGAAUGUUCUAAAAGGACAAAUGAGAAAAAAUUUUUUUCUGCUUAUAUUGAAUGUAAUCCAGAUAGUGAGUCAUGUUUAUGGUCUUGUUCAGCAAAUGUUACACUAAGAAUACUUUCAACAAAUCCUAACGAUCCUCAUAUUGUAAAAAGUUUUUAUAAUAAUUUUAAUUAUACCUCGAACAAUUGGGGAUUUCCUGGAUUAGUUGAAUGGGAUAAAUUAAUUGAUAGCAAUAAAGGUUAUACUACAGGUGAUAAACUAGUUCUUGAAGCUACAAUAUCUGUAAAAAAUAUAACAGGUAUUAAACAGGUUAAAACUUAUGAUUUUACACAAACUCAAAAUUUAACAAGUGACACAUUUAUGAAUGUAGAUGGAAUAAAUAUUAAAGUUAAUAAAGAUUACUUAUCAUUAUAUAGUCCUGUAUUUAAAGCAAUGUUUUAUUCAAAUUUUGCAGAAUCAACUAUGGAAACUAUUACCAUAAAAGAUGUUAAUAUUGAUCAAUUUAUUGAAUUAUUAGAAGUUAUUUAUCCAUCUCAUAAACCUAUUUCAACGGUUAACGUUGAAUUUUUGUUAGAAUUAAGUGAUCGAUUUGAAAUAUCAUAUGUUUUAAAUCAAUGUGAAAAAUUUUUGAUUAAGACAAAUGAAAUACCAAUUAUUUCAAAACUUGCAUGGUCUGAUGCUUAUUGCCUAUCUAAUUUACAAGAUGCGUGUAUGUCAAAUUUUAAAAAAGUUUCUGAUUUAAAAAAUUUAAAAGAUACUAAAGAAUAUACAAAUUUAUCAAAUUCAACAAAAGCUGCUUUAUUAGAGAAAAUGCUUAAAUUAUUAUAA